AUGGUCUCAGUAAGUGCUGGAUUGGUUGUGGCUGAUGAAGAAAGCAACAUCAUCCAUCUAGUCCACUAUAUGACACAGGACUACUUUGAGGCGAGGAAGGAAUAUUGGUUUCCUGAUGCAGAACCAAACUUCAAAAUGAUUUGUGUUACAUAUCUCUCAUUCAACACCUUUGAAAGCGGUCCCUGUCUGAGUGAGCAGGAGCUUGAGGCACGACUACAACAAAAUCAACUAUAUGAUUAUGUAGUGCGGAAUUGGGGAUACCAUGCUUAUGCAACUGCGACAAAACUGGAACAGUUGAUCCUGGAUCUCCUUGAGAGUGACACAAAGGUAUCUGCCUCGAGCCAGGCUCUGAUAACCGAAGAUUACUUUGCCACUAGUCAUCAUAAAUCAAAGCGAAUAACAGCCCUACACCUCAUAGCAUACUUCGGACUGAACGAAGCAGCAAGUACCCUCCUUAGAUAUGGGAAGUGCCUGAAUUCCAAGGACACUGACGGCCGGACGCCACUACCAUGGGCCGCCCAGAAUGGACAUGAUGGUAUUUCAAGCUGCUGCUUGAGACAGGCAAGGCCGAUGCUGACUCAAAAGACACAUUGA